AUGCCGUCCUUCAUCCAAGAAUCCUGGCUCCUGACCUGUGCGAACGAGGGCCGCCUGACACCAAAGAUCGUCCAUCUCGAUGUCAACGAAGGGCGCGUAAGGAGCGAUAAAGACCUUGCGCUCGCCCUGCGAGAGCACUACGACCAGCUCAACCGCCGUUGGUUCAACUGGGCUCGUCUUCGCGGGCUGACGACCAUCGAGUUUGUUCAAUUCGAAGUCCAUCGCAAUCGCUUCGCUGAUAUCCGUGCGACACCGUCCAUGCCGCCCAAGUCGGCUGCCUCUUCAGCGUCGACCAGCGAACCAGAGAAGUCUGCAGCGCCGUCUCAGCAUCCGUACACCUUUGAGCCCAACGACCUCCUGCCGCCUGUUGGUAGCACAUAUCUUCUCCAUUUGUUCAAGCAUCCGCAGGACUAUGAGGGCGAGCUGAUUACGUAUCUUCGCAGUCCGAAACGGCGACAGCGGUUGGAGUUCGGUAUGGGCUGGGGCGUUCAUCUCGUGGAGGGAUUUCUUGCGCAGCGCGUGUGGGCAGUUACGAUGGGCAUUUGCGGCUUGGGUAGUGCGGUGUUCGCGAUUCUGUGGACGAUUAGGAAUGGCGAUAUCCAGGGUGCUUUCGGAGUCGCUCAGUGGGUGUUGGGUGUUGCGGUAUUGUUGGUUGGUGGUAUGCAAGCGUGGUUGGAGUAG